AUGGAAGGAGAAUAUUCAUGGGAAAAUUAUUUAAAUGAUCGACUUUUAGCAACAAAUCAAGUGUCAGCUGCAGGUUUGGCAUCGGAAGAAGAUGGUGUUGUAUACGCUUGCGUAGCUCAAGCUGAUGAAAAUGAUCCCAAUUUUGAUAAGUGGUCUCUUUUUUAUAAAGAAGAUUAUGAAAUAGAAAUAGAAGAAGAAAAUGGAGAUAAAAUUAAGAAAACAAUAAAUGAAGGACAAACAUUAUUAACUGUAUUUAAAGAAGGAUACGCACCUGAUGGGGUAUGGUUAGGUGGUACUAAAUUUCAGUUUAUAAAUAUCGAUAGAGAUUUAGAUUUCGAAGGAUAUACUUUUGAUGUUGCUACUUGUGCUAAAUUAAAAGGUGGUCUUCAUUUAAUUAAAAUUCCAGGUGGAAACAUUUUAGUAGCACUAUAUGAUGAAGAAAAAGAGCACGAUAGAGGAAAUUCUAAAAUUGCAGCAUUAACAUUUGCAAAAGAAUUAGCUGAAAAUAGUCAAUAA